UUAUGUCUGGGGUCAGGAUCAGCUUCCAGCCUGAUAUUGACAUGGAGUCCAGCAGCAUCUGACGUGUGACACUGUGGAAGAACACCAUCACUGGCGCCCUCUAACGUACAAGUGUUGCUGCUGGGGUUAAAGUACUCCACUCCUCUGUCCUCAACUCUGUCAUCUCCGGCGGUGUUCUGGUCGGAGGCGACACGGGGCAGGUCACACAGUGAGAGGUACUUGAGUAGAGCUGGAGGAGGUCCAGCACGAAUGUGUUCUCAGACGCCUUAACCGCAUCCACACGUGUUGUCUCAAAACGUGUGACGAGUUCUCGUUAGCCUGAAUUAGCCGAUCUCGUACCGCUAACGUUAACGGGGGAACCAUGGAAAACGUAAGACAGUUUCUUCAAGGAGUGGAGCAUGAAAACUGGACAGCCGCACUGCUGACAGGUGGUGCCUGCGUUGUGGGAGCUCUGGCGGUGCUGGUGCUGAAGGCUAAUAGAAACAGAGAGACGAAGAAAAAGAUAGAAAAAGCCAGAAACCGCAGGGAUGAUAGCCUGCAGGAGGCCAAGGACCGUGUCACCCGGUACAAGCAGUCGCAUCCACUGACAGAAUCUGGUCUCAUCUUGUCGCUGUCCCUGUCUGAGUUGACAGAGAAACUGCAGGAAGGCUUGCUGAGCCCCGAGGAUGUGUUUUACUCUUACAUGGAAAAGACUCUGGAAGUAAACAAAAAGCUCAACUGCUGCACUGGGAUCUUGUUGGAGAGUUUUGACCAGCUGAAAACUGUUGCCUCCAAAAAGGAAGGUCUCUUGUAUGGAGUUCCAGUUAGCAUCAAAGAAAACAUGUCAUACAAGAAUCACGACUCUACCUGCGGUGUGGUCGCUAAUUUGGACCAGCCUGCUCAGGAGGACAGUGUGGUUGUCAAAGUUUUGAAAAGACAAGGAGCCAUUCCCUUUGUUCAAACCAACUUGCCCCAAGCCCUAUUAAAUUAUGACUGUAGUAACCCCAUCUAUAAGCAGACUUUGAACCCCCACAACCUUCAGAAGACGCCUGGAGGUUCUUCCGGUGGGGAGGGGGCUCUCAUCGGGGGCGGAGGAUCUCUUCUUGGCAUAGGUAGUGAUAUAGGGGGCAGCAUCCGUAUUCCUGCGUCAUUCUGUGGCAUAUGUGGCUUCAAGCCAACAUCAGGCCGGCUCAGUUCACAUGGUUUAAAGCCCAUUUUUCGUGGGCAAAAAUCAGUGCUGUCAUCUUCUGGACCCAUGGCGAGAGACGUGGACAGUCUGGCUCUGUGUAUGCAGGCUCUGCUCUGUGACUACAUGUUUUCCUUGGACCCCACCGUUCCACCCAUACCUUUUAAUGCACAGAUAUACCAGAGCUCAAAGCCUCUGAGGAUUGGUUACCUGGAGAGCGAUGGCUACACACAACCGUCUCCAAGCAUGGUCCGAGCCGUCAGAGAGGUCAAAGCUCUGUUAGAGCAAGCAGGGCACACUUUGGUGCCGUACAGUCCUCUGAAGAUCACUUAUGCUGUCUCUGAACUGAUGGUGAAGGGUAUCAUGGCAGACGGAGCCACAUCCCUGCUUCAAAAACUGGAGGGAAGCCCCCUGGACCCCUGCCUCAGUUCUCAAGUUUUUCCUUACUAUUUCCCCAAGUGGUUGAAGAAAACCCUCUCGUUCCUCCUCAAGCCCCUGUCUCCUCGUGUUUCUGACAUUUUAAGUUCUCUCUGUGGAGUUGGAUCUGUUCCUGAACUGUGGAAGCAGCAUGCUGCUGUUGAGGACUACAUUUAUGAAACGAUAGCAGAUUGGAGGAGAUGCAACAUAGACGUGCUGCUGUGCCCUGUCAUUGGACCAGCCUAUAACUUCUUCUACUGCGGCAAGGCUUCCCAUGCUGUCUCUUAUACAAUGCUUUAUAAUCUCCUCAACUUUCCUGCCGGGGUUGUUCCUGUUUCCACGGUGACAGCUGAGGAUGAGGAGAAACUCAAGGACUACAAGGGCAUUUAUAAGGACAACUUUGACAAACUGUUCAAAGAGGCUGUGUCCGGUGGCAAAGGUCUGCCCGUGGCAGUGCAGUGUGUCGCCCUGCCGUGGCAGGAUGAGCUCUGCCUACGCUUCAUGAAGGAGGUGGAACAACUUGUCAAAGAGAGCUGAAUGUAAGGACUGGGGGCCGAGAACUUCAGAUCACAUUUGCUUUGAAUACAGACAGUGAGUGUGAAAACAUGCAAAAUAAGCCAUCUGUUAAGAUUGUAGAUGUAAUUAUAUACACAUUUUUGCUUUUAUUAAACAUUCUGCUUUAAAAUUGGGAUUCUAACUGACAUUCUUGGGCAGGCAUGAUUAAAUAAUCUUCAUUUUAUUUUUAUUUUAAGCAAGCCAGUUUGAAAUAAGCCAAGUGUUUGAUCUGUUUUGUCACCUCUGGAACUGUUAGAUAUUUCACACAGUAAAGAAUGAAGAGGACCUACUUGCUUUAGAAGAAAUUAAGUUCCAGUCACCAUUAGGCCACCAAGAGGCAUCGCAAAGCACAUGCGAAAAAUGUUUGAAAAUUUAGAUUUAUAAUGAGUAUGGAAGAUAAUGUUGUCUCAUUAAUCACACUUGUCUCUAUACGAGAACUUUUAAUAAAAUGAUUUCUCAUAUGAAGAAC